AUUUCCCUUUCAAAGCAGAGAACUGCAAACCACCACACUAGAUGAUGAUGAAGCUGUAAGGGUGAAAACUGAAAACCCCUUCAUGUGAGGCCCUUAACUCAGUGUCGGCCAUGCUUUGCCAGUUGCCAGCCAUUGAAUUUCACCGGUGGCCUCUUUCCAAUGACAUUAUAUAACUACCACAACCACACCUCUGCUUCUCCAUCUCCAUUAACCCACAUCCCUUCCAUCAGAACCAGAGAAUACAGAGACAAUGCUUCCCCUUCCUCGAGGAGGGGCGCCUCUGUCCCUCGUCUAUUCGUUGCUCCUGCUCUUCUCUGCCACUCUCUGCCAUGCUCAGAAGACCAGCCAGGUCCUCGUUGGCGCAGGGGAAUGUGUCGAUUGCGCCAAGUCCGCUCUCAAGCCCAGCCAGGCCUUCUCAGGGCUUGAGGUGACAAUUGACUGCAAGCCACCAAAUGGGGAGUUCAAAACUAAGGGCACUGGGAAGCUUGACGCGCAAGGCAAGUUCACUGUGACACUCCCAAGUGACCUAGUGACACUAGAUGGGAAGAAGCUUAAAGAAGAAUGCUAUGCUCAGCUCCACAACCCCGCCGCGGCAGUGCCCUGCGCUGCCCACGGCGGGCUGGAUUCGACCAAGGUCGUGUUCAAUUCGCAGAAGAACGCGUUCGAGCUGUCCGGCGGGAAGCUCAAGUUCUCGCCGGAAGUUUGCUCGUCGGCGUUCUUCUGGCCUUAUUUCAAGCACCCUAAAUUGCACCUCCCUCCACUGAAAUCAUUCCACCACUUUUUCCACUUCCCUCCCCUCCCUCCAAAAGUCUACCCUCCUAUCCCGCCGAAGUACACUCACCCGCCGUUGCCGCCGGUCGUCGUGACGCCGGUGCCCAAGCCGCCUUCCGUCCCGAAGCCGGCUCCAAAGCCGCCGGUCGUGGUCAAGCCGCCUUCCGUCCCGAAGCCGGAGCCCAAGCCGCCAGUUGUGGUCAAGCCGUGCCCACCAAAGGCCCCCGUGGUCAAGCCCAAGCCCAAGCCACCAGUCGUGAUCAAGCCCAAGCCCAAGCCGCCCGUCGUCAAGCCGUGCCCACCAAAAGCCCCAAUCUACAAGCCGCCAGUUGUGGUGAAGCCCACGCCGAAGCCGCCGGUCGUCGAGCCACCGCCGGUCCCGAAGGUGUUGCCGCCGCCGGUGCCGAUCUACAAGCCGAAGCCGGAGCCGCCGAUUUUCCACAAGCCGCUGCCUCCGAUCCCGAAGGUGCCGAUCUAUAAGCCGACCCCGCAUCCGCCGAUCUACCACAAGCCGCUGCCGCCGUUUCCGAAGGUGCCGAUCUAUAAGCCGAUCCCCAAGCCGCCGAUCACUUUCCCUCCGUUCCCCAAGUUCCCGCCUUUCCACAAGAAGCCCUGCCCGCCGCUGCCCAAGCUGCCUCCGUUCCCCAAGCUGCCUCCCAAGCAUAAGUUUGGAAGCUGGCCUCCUCUCCCGCCGUACUCGCCAAUUCAUUAGAUAUGUGUGUGGGUUUUCUCUUGAUUGAUUCUCGAUAUUAUUGUUACUGUUAUUUUAUUGCUACAUGGGAGGUUUUUGAAGUUGAAGCACUGCGAGAAAUAAGAAGAAUGAACCAGGCUGCAGUGGAGAAGGGAAGACGCAAAGGAUUGACAUUUGGAUUUGUUUUCUUUUAAGGGUUUGUUUGGAUAUCAAUUAUUUGUUUCUGCGAAAAAAUUCUAGAGUUGUAAAUUUGUUAUUAGUUAUUCCUUUUUUUACUUAAUAUUACUGCAUGUAAUGGUGAAUUUCUACUUUGUGAUAUGCUUUUGGAUAAUUGUGUUGAAUGUUUUAAUAAAU